UGAAAGUGAAAAUAAAGGGUAUGAAACGUUUGAUUUGAAUAUAACAAAUGUUUGAAUUAAAAUGUAUUUAGAAUACGUGUAUUUUAGAGUAAGAUACGUUUAGACCAUGUUGACAAUUAAAUGAGCUCAUUAAAUUACGAGAUUAGUAUUUUACAUGUGAACUUUUAUUCUUUUCAUGCUUUUGGGAAUUUCCUCUCUUCUUACAGGUUGGACUGGUGUUGCCACAUGGAGAUGGUUGGCUAAUGAUGAAAAUUGUGGAAUAUGUCGGAUGGCGUUUGAUGGAUGCUGUCCUGACUGCAAACUGCCAGGAGAUGAUUGUCCACUAGUGUGGGGAGAGUGUUCCCAUUGUUUCCACAUCCACUGUAUUGUCAAAUGGCUGAACUCCCAGCAGGUGAAUCAACUCUGUCCAAUGUGUCGCCAGGAUUGGAAAUUUAAAAGUGACACUGAAGCUGCAGGGACAUGACAAUGCCCCAGGACUGGGCCAAGGAGAACUCUUCUUACAAGAAGACUGAAAAGUGAUAUUUCUCCCUUCAAAUCUUCAAGUGCAGCAAGAUUUCAUUGAUACUUUCAUUGAUACUUAUCCUGCAACAAUUUAGUGAGACUGACAUGUUUAUAAUUAACACAUACAGUGUAUGCUGAAAAAUUUAGUUUUAUUGCAUCUAAUAUCAGAGACAUUGUUAUUUUGAUUCUUGAAAAUAUAAACAAGGUAACAGAAUGUAUUUCAAGAGAGAUAAGUCUUGUUAUCUCUGUAUGACAAUAUGUAUAGCUGUACCAGAUGUCAGCUGUAUUUAGUCUUUCCAAUUUUCUUUCUUAUUCUGUAAAACUACCACUGGAACAUUAUGUUUCUGAUGACUUGAACUGCACAGAAUAUUCUUAAAAGAGGGGAUUCAAAGUCUGUCAAAAAAGAAACCUUUACUAGGGAUUUAAGGUAGUAACUGAACUUUACUGGUCCAGACUAGUUCACGGUUAGUGAAGGAAGUGAUCUACUUCCUAAGCAUAUAGAUAAAAAACUACAGUAGGAUAAUGAAACAUCGUACAUUGUAGUACAUGUGUGAACCCUGACGAUUUGUCAUGCUGCUAACCUGUAGUUUGCUGGUCAAAAGAAAUUGUACUGGUUUACUGUUUCCAGAACUAGUGUUCGGAAUCGAAAUUGUAUUUUUGAGAUGUCAAAAUUAAAGCCAUUUAAUAACACAAUCUUUUGGCAUUAAUAUAAAGUUUAAGAACUAUUGAAAUGUAUAUACUUGCUUCAUAUCGAUUUACUUUGAGGUGCAGAUUAAAAAACUUUAGUCUUUCUCAGUUCAAUUUACUGAAAAUCACUUCACAUUUAUCAAAAUAUUCAAUUAAUUAAACUUUGUGCAUGAUAGAAAUAUAUCUAUUGUAGGAAUUUUAUUCACUAAGUACAAUUAAAAAAUUUCAGUAAACUAUUUGAUACUGAAAAAGUUUAUAUUUUCCAUAAAUAUUUGAUAUCUAUUAAAAAAAAUGUUGUCAAGGGCAAUAACUCUUCCUCUUUUGUAUGUUUAUUAAUGAUUUCUCAGAUAUUCACAAUUGAUAAAUACAUAUCAUAAAGCAGUGGUGUUUUGAAAUGGAUAGAAUUAAGAUUUUGUCUUUUUAACUAGUUUUUAUGUAUUUUUUAUUAUUCUUUUAAACAAGAAUUGUGAAUUUUAUGCUGUUGUAAUGUUCUUAACAUCAGAAAAUUCGCAAUUCUCAUAAAAUUUUUAAAUAUCAGGGAAACCAUUUGUUCACUUAGUAUUCGAUUCAACACGCUGAAGUAAUUGUGCUAUAAAUGACAUUUUAAACCA